GGAUCCCCUCUAGUUAUAGGUGAUACAAAAUAACAACAACAACAAACUUUCGAUCAAACCCCACCAGAGGUCAACAAGUUACAGUGGAUGGAACUCGUUUCCUGCCUCAAUUGGACUCCCUUGACGCCAUCUCAUCCCAAGCGACCCUCUUGAGCCCGCAUGCAUAACUGCAUCGGGCAACCCCUUGGCACCCAAGCACACAGAAAUCCCGAACGCUCGCAGGACUCUGACACCACUAAAUUGUCCAAGUAUAUGAUUCCUUCGAGCACUUGAUUCCGUUAUCAAUCUCAUGUCUCUCCGUCUUGUCUCUUACGGUCCAUUUCGUCUCAGUUCCAAUCUCAUGUCCAAUUCUCUUUGUUCGUCUUCAAGCUGAGGCUCGCGCCACUAUGCAGCUGGACGAAGAAUCCGGCUCACAAUCGCCCUUGCCUGACGUCUUAUCCCAUGGCCUCGUUGCUGUUUCGACCUUUGGACUCUUAUCUUUCUUCUGCUCUACAUCGUUGUUUUUCUAUCUUAGCUGGCGACUUAUAACGUGGAGACGAUGGCGACGGGCUUCCGGGAGCCAAGCACCUACAAACCAGUUCCUUCUCCUCAUUUACAAUCUUCUGUUGGCCGAUAUUCAGCAGGCGUUGGCCUUUUUGUUGAACAUUGGAGCGCUGAAGAAUAAUGCCAUCUUGAUCCGGACCCCGUUGUGUUUUGCACAGGGUUGGUUCGUGUCCAGUGGAGAUCUUGCCAGCAGCGUGUUUAUUUGUUUUAUUGCCGUCCAUACGUUUUUCGGGGUGGUGAAGAAUUAUAGACUCCCCACCUGGGCCUUCUAUACAGCCAUCGGUCUGUGCUGGUUCUUCAUCUAUUUCAUCUCUGCAAUCGGUCCCAUUCUCCAUGGGCCCGACUUCUACGUUCGAGCUGCUGCGUGGGUAAGCAAAUACACUCUUCUUUUGCGAGUUCAAGCGUAUUCUAAUAGUACUUUUAGUGCUGGAUUAACAGAAAAUUCUCUCAUGAACGUCUCUGGUCCCAUUACUUAUGGAUUUUUGUUGCUAUGUUCUCUACGAUCCUUAUAUACACAUUCAUCUAUAUAUGGCUUCGCCGUCAACAACGCGCGGGGAGGAUACAUAAAGUUGCCAUCGAGAACGCAACUCCAUUAAUGAUUCUGUACCCACUCAUUUAUACCGUCUGCACUGCUCCUCUCGCCUCCCUGCGUAUUUAUUCUCUUGCCGGCCACAAAGUCUCUCUGCCAUGGUUUUGCAUGGCUGGCACAAUGAUUGCUUGUAACGGCUGGCUGGAUGUGCUGCUAUAUGGUGGGUAUUCCGUUAUUACUUUCUUCUCUCUAGGAAGCUGCUCGAUCAGGAAAUGCUGACUCUGAGACCUCCCAUAGCCUCGACUAGAUCGGACAUUGUCUUUGCAGAAAUGCCACCAGGAGAAGGAACGGGUUUGGACACAUUCAACUUCAUGGGGAAACAGGUCACAGGGUCCGGGAUGGGAACGAUUACAACGGUCAGUGCUGGAGCAGCUGCUCAUAGUAGAGAUGGAAGCCGAAUAGCUUUGAGGAUGCGAAGUCCUGACCAAAGGGGUGGGGACCAUCUGUAUAGUAUGGGACAGAUUAGUGUGACUGGAGAGAUAACUGUUAGUUCUACGAGUUUGGAGGAAGGGAUUGUUCAGCAUGAAUCGAUGGGAAAGCAGGCAUCGGCUUCUUCGGUUACGAGUCCUACUUUGGAUGGGAGUAUGAAGAGCGCGAGAAGUGAGUUUAUGAGUUUAGCAGGG